UAGAAAUUCCGAACAACAACAACAACAAAAAUGUUUGUGUAAAAUAAAUUCUAUAUGUCAUGCUACAUGUUGCUUAAGAAGGCAAACGACGAAAAAUAAAAGCGUGCAUAAAUAUUAUAAUACGAAAGUGCACUACAACUCGAAAGUAAAAGGAAAAGCAAAGUGCAAGCAACAACAACAAGCUGCAUUAAUAUUUGCUAUUUGUGUGUAAAAAAAAAGAAAAUAAAAGCAGGCAACACGAUGCCAGCAAAAUUGUCACGCGUUAAGCGUCUGUGUGAAAAUGUGAAAAUUCGAAAGAUUCCGCCCAAGUGUCUGCUCGUCGUAGUGUUUUGUGCAAUUGUGUAAUCAUUUGCGAAGAUUGGCUGAAAAUUUUCAAAAAAAAAAGAAUAUUAAAAAAUAUACAAAAUUGAUUUACAUAAAAGCAAAAGUGGCUUUCUGUGGCCAGCAAAGUGCAAAUAAAAUAGCAAACUAAAUUCGAGAUUUAUUAACUACCGGCGUAACUAGCUGGCGGUGCGCCAGUCACGAGCGGCAGAUUGCAGCGACGAAAGGGAAAAAAGUUACAUAUGAUACUCUGGCAUUCUUCCAUUUUCCAAACGGUGUUUUAACGUAAUACAUGCAGCAACAACAGCAAUAAACAGCAACUACUACUUUCAUUAAAAUCGUGUUGAACGAAAUAUAUAAUUGUGAUAACGGUAUAAUCAGCAAAAGCGUAACAAACAAACAAACAAACAGUGCUUAUAGUGGCGUAAGGGCGCAUGCGCGCUAACAACAAUUGGCAACGCCAACGUCUGAUGCCAAUGCGUUUGACCAAUAAAUUGCUCCAGCGCUGCGUGAAUAUUAUUAUGGCCAGGAGAUCGACGUCUAUGCAAAGUGAGAAAAAAUGCAUUAUCAACGAGGAAGACGAAGAUGAAAAUCAGCGACAAUUAAAAUUGUAUUGUGUAAAAUAUUGCAACAAUAUGGUGACCUAAAUACGCGGUACACGAGAGAAAAAAAGUCAGCAACAGAGAAAUUUCCAGUUCAAGAAAUCGAGUUUCGAAAAAAGUAAAAGUUAAUUGCAUUGAUUUAUUUCGUAUACAACCAAUAAGUUAAACGACAAAAGAAAAAUUGCGUGCAUUAUAACUGUACAUGUAAAUCUACAAGUUCAUAAUAUACAUACAUACGUACAUACAUACAUACAUACAUCAGCAUAUAUAAAGUGAGAAAGGAGAAUUGUGUAGCACAAGGUGUCAAUAAUAAAUUAUCAUUUUGUCAAUUCAAAAAUUAAAAACCUGCUAGCGGAUUCCCGAACACUUUCCGGCUAAACCAAAAACAAAAAAACAAAAAAUACGACAACAAUCGGGUCAACAAAACUGCGUGACUUUUGGCAGCGCGAAAGCAAGAAGAAUAGGAUUUAAAUACUUUAAUACCGAUCAAAGCGGCGACGUCUCCACUACGCGCUCCAAUUUUUUGUAUCGAGGACUCUGUCGCACAGUUAAUACGACUUAAGCGCCUCUCCCGCCCCACAGCCAAAGUCAAGCGCAACUGACGUGUCUUUCGAACCUUCACAAUUUUGUGUAAAAAUUUCCACAUUUACGCGCGUUCGGUUGUCGGCGAGCGUUAUUGGCUUAACGCCGCUUAUUUAUCUCGUUCAUGCGAAGGAAUUUACGCGUGUAUUGGAGGGCCCUAGCGCUGCUGGGUGCCCUCCUUUCGAUAAUCAUUGAUUGGCCGGGCAUGAUGGUGUGUGCGCUGCCAGUAACGCUACUGCAGCCAACAACAACAACAACAGCAACAACAAGUGCAGCAACAUUGCAACAGCAGCACGCUCUGACAAUGGAUAAAUUAUUGGCGGCGAAUGCGACUUACGGCGCGAGCGCUGCGCUCCAAAAUGCAACAAACACCUACCGCAGCGCUGACAAUGCAGUUGUGGCAGAUGGCGUGGCAGUUAAUGGAAAUUUCACAUUAAACAUUAAUUUAAAUACAAAUCGAAAUAGUAGCCAUAGUAGUCACUAUAGUGAAAGUGAGCAAGAGCAGACGAAGCAGGAAGCGGAGCAUUCGACGGCGGAACUGCCAAGAAGCCGUCAAGCGAAAAACGCCACCAAUGUUAUGGGCGCUAAUGCGAACAGCAAACGCGCAGGUGGCAGCGAAAGCGCGCGUCAAGCGAGCGCUGAUCUAGCACGUGCGCAACAUGCGCCGCCAACAUCCAGCGACGAUCAGUUGCACAAUGCGCAGCGCAUCAAAAUGCUGAAUUUGAUAUCCAACAAGCGCAAGCGUAAAAAACUCAGCGACAGCGCGCAGGCACAAGAGCUGGAUGGCAGCAGCAGCCGCGCAAACACAGAUCAGCCGGCGGAAACAACAGUUGCCGGCGAUGAUCAUCAUACUACCACAACAACCACCGCCACAACACCACUUAGUUUUAGUGCAAAUAGUAUUAGCAAUAAAUAUUUAAUUACAAUUAAUAGAAAUCCUAAUGAAAAUCUACAAAUGGCCACGGCGCCAAAACGAACGUUAAACAAACUCGAAACUACUACUACUACUACAACAAAAACGACAACAGCAACACCUAGUAAUGCUAAUAAUAACAUUGCUAAUCGUUAUGUUAACUAUAUUGAAGAGCAAGUGCAAGCCACCAUCGAUGAUGCGCCCGAUGAUGAGGCGGCGUCGUUAUUUAGUAAUUUGCCCACCAGCACAAGCGCGAGCGAUUAUGAGGAUCAGUAUGAGAGCGCCAGCCGCUCCAGCAUAGCCUACUCCUAUACAACAGCGUCGCCCGACAAUGAUGACGCACUGCUGAGUGCAGCAGCAGCGGCGCCACAAUCUCCCGCCUUCACAUUCGCCUCAGCGCAUCACACCGCCAUACUGUUGUCGCGCACGGAGCGCAGCGUGCGCCAACCAGCAUCGGCAGCGGCGCAGGCGGAGGUCAGCGCGAGUAAGCGCGCUGUACGCCAUCAUGGCGGCGCCAAUAAUGGCGGCAUUGUGCGACGUUCCUCUGACGGUAGUCCGAAAUCGAGAAGACUGAACAAUUUUAGAAACUUAAAUGGCAGCAGGCACGCGCCCAACAAUUUGGAUCGCAACGAGCGCUCGACCAUCUCAAACUUGUCGGGUUUGUCGCGCAAAAUCCAGAUCUACAUCAAGAAUCGCUUCAUACAAUUGCUGCCGGACGGUACGGUGAAUGGUACGCAGGACGAACAAAGUGAUUACACCAUACUGCAACGUUCGACUGUCGAUGUGGGACGCAUCAAAAUCCAAGGCGUUGCCACCUGCCUGUAUUUGUGCAUGGAUGCAUGUGGCGCUGUUUAUGGCUCGCAAGAAUUCACCGACGAUUGUGUGUUCAACGAGAACAUGGAGCAGCACAACUACAACACCUAUUCAUCCACCUACAAUUCGAAUACGCGGCGCGUCUACUACUUGGCGCUGAAUCGGCACGGCGAGCCGCGUAAGCUGCAGAUACCGCCAACCCGCUCGCUUGGCAAACUAGCCACCUAUACGAACGCCAUCACCGAAACGGUGGAGGAUGUACGCGUCGAACAGCUGAUAGCGAAGAAUUUCGGCGAGAAUCGCAUUAAGCACGGCAUACGCCAACUCUGUGAUACGGGCAAACCAUUGGUCGACCUGAUCGAUAGCAAACACUUCAAAGCGCUCCCCAAGUGCAAUCCAAAUUCUAGUAAUAACAAUAGCGGUAGCAAUAGUAAUAGUAGUAGUAGUAGCAAAAAGAGUAGCAGCAGCAGCAGCAGCAGCAGAAGUAGUCUUAUAGGUAGUGAUAGUAAUAGUCCUAGCGGUAGUAGUAGUAUUAGCGGCCAAACAAUGAACAACGUUCCUGCUGCCAAUGAAAGAGGCGAGUCACAAAGCAGCGCAGUCACAAAUAGCCAUAGCAACCACAACGGUCGGGGUGGCCAGCGGGGCGCCAACACGUCCAACAGCUUGAGUAGUAGUAUUAGCAAUAGUCCGAUGGCGAGUAAUGACAGCCAUACUAGCGGUAAUAGUAGUCAGAGUGCGCCCAGCCAUCAGAAUCACAAUGGUGGCGGCGGCAAGAAGAAGAAGAAGCGGCGAAAGUGCCGGCCGCACGAGAACGAGGAGGAGCACAAUUGCCAAAUGACUCCGCUAGCGCUACGCAAGCUCAAUAAUAAGAAGUGUCGAGAGCUGCAACAGCAGAGAAGGCAGCUUAAAGCGAAGGGCGAGGAAGUGCCACUUCUGCCACUGCCAGCGGAAUGUAAGAAAAAGAAGAAUAAUGGCGGCGGCGGUGGCGGUGGCGGUGGCGUUAAGAAAAAUCGCCAAAAUCAAAACCAAAAUGCUAAUAACCGCAAUAGCGUUGGCGGCGAAGGCGCAAAUAACCGACGCGGCAAGAAGUUGAAUUCGAAUGGCCGACAAGCAGGUGGCGGUGGCAUGGGCAAUCGCAAUGGCGGCGCAAACCGCAAGAAAGGACGUAAUGGUGGCGUCCAUGCGCAAAAGAAACUUAAAAAGCAGUCACCAGCAAAAACUACCGUCAGCACUACGCAAGCGUCCAGCAGCAGUACGCUUACCACGGCGGCUACCACGACUACAACGCGCCAGCAUACCGAUAGCACGACAAUAGCGACGGCGCUAUCAAUGACGCCCACCACCACCGAACUUAGCAGCGCGGAAGUAGAAGAGAGUUUAGACCCGCGCGCUGAGGCGACAAGCGUGCGCGGCGAACGUGAGCGCGAACAACGCAAUGUACGCUACACCAACUCAAUGGAGGACGAUGUGCUGCACGCGGGCGCGGCGGCGGCGGCGAUAGCUGAUAAUGGUAAUUCGCGCGAGGACUCAACGGAAGCGGAAGCCAGCGAGGAGGAAGAACACGUCGAGGACGCAGUCGGCCAGCUCAGUAGCGCGUCAGAUGAAGAUGACACCGACGACGACGCUGACGAUAUGUACGAUGAAAGUGAGGAGAGCGCGGCGGCAGUGCCGCCUGCUUCAUCGGCGGCUGCAACCGCAACACUGGCAACGAGCGGUAGCAAAGCGGCAAUGACGCGUGCGCAGUUACUCGGCGAUGCAGACGAUUUUCUAUACUACGAUCAAUUGGAUUUUUUGUAAAUUUGUAAAGAUUGUGAGAAAGCAAUGCAUACGAAAUUACAUGUAAACAGUCAGUGGCGAGAGUGGUCCGAGCUGAGGAUGUAAAGCGAGUGCAAGCAACAGCAAACGGCCAUUUUAAUAGAAGAGCCACGACAACACACUUGCAAACAAACACGAAUGAAAAACAAAAAAAAAAACGUUUUCUUUAAUGAAAAUUUGUAAAAAGCGUUAUU